AUGAACCUCUGUCAAGCAGUAAACAGUGCGCUACACAUAGCAAUGGCAAAAGAUGACACAGCUUUGUUGUUUGGAGAAGAUGUCGCAUUUGGAGGCGUGUUUAGAUGCACAGUGGGAUUGAAAGACAAGUUUGGAGAGGAACGUGUGUUUAAUACACCUCUUUCAGACAUGAAGCUGGAAAAGGGUAUUUUUAUAUUCCAGAUAAUCGUUCCACGUGGACCAGUGCAAGCCAAAGGACUUCUGUUGUCAUGCAUCCGUGAUCCUAACCCAUGCAUCUUCUUUGAGCCUAAGAUUCUUUAUCGACUGGCAGCUGAAGAGGUACCCACUGGAGAUUAUACAAUUCCAUUGAGCCAAGCAGAAGUUGUUAAAGAAGGAACCGAUGUGACAAUAGUCGCUUGGGGUACCCAGGUGCAUGUUGCUCUUGAAGCAGCGCAGUUAGCUAAGGAAAAGCUCAACAAGAGCGUGGAAGUCAUUGAUUUGCAGACGAUCAUGCCUUGGGAUGAGGAAACUGUUGUAAAAGUGAGCCUUAAGCAGUAUAUGCACUUGUAUCAUCUUCAUUAUCAUUCGUUAAAAAUGAUGUGGUUUGUGCUCAGAGUGUUGAGAAGACCGGACGACUCAUAGUC